AUGGCGUUAUGUAUUUUCUUUCCUUUGUAAUGGAUUGUCUCUGUUUAAUAAUUAAAUAAUUUUCAAAUUUGAAAAUACUGGCACAUCUCAUUGGAGGAGUCAGCCAUAAGGAAAGGAAGGAAGGAAGGAAAUUUGAAAAUAACUGACACUGAUACAUUUCAUCUUUAGAGGAGUCAGCUAUAAGGAAAAAAGAGAAAAGAUAAAUAACUGGUACGUGUUCUUCAGGAAGAGGAAGCCCCUAGAAAAAGGAGAAGAAAUUGAAAGUAGUGAGUAGAGUAAGACCUUAGUUGAGUGUUGUAGGUAUUCAACAACAAGGAAAGCCAAUCAGAUAUGUCAAACAAAUUCAACGUUCCACGGGAUACUCCUGCAGAAUAUCAUGAGGAUGUACGGCGAAUGCUUGAUAACAUGAAGGAUCAUAUUGAAGGACGUGGUGAAAAGUAUGCUUGGAGUAUAAAUGAUUUCGAACUUGGUGCACCAUUAGGUCGUGGAAAAUUCGGGCGAGUUUACUUGGCAAGAGAAAGAUCAAGUGGAUAUAUGGUUGCUUUGAAAACGCUAUAUAAAAUUGAAUUAACAAAAAGUCGCGUCGAAAAACAAGCAUUGCGUGAAAUUGAGAUACAAUCACAUUUAAAGCACCCAUACAUUCUUCAGUUAUUUACAUAUUUUCACGACGAAAAGCGAAUCUUUAUGGUACUUGAAUUCGCAGCUAAGGGCGAACUUUAUAGGGAAUUAAAGCGUCAACCUGGAGAACGAUUCAGCGAACACUUAUCUGCCAAGUAUACAUAUCAAGUUGCAGAUGCAUUGGAAUAUUGUCAUAGCAAUAAUGUUAUACACCGAGAUCUUAAACCGGAAAACUUAUUGCUUACUUAUCAAGGUGACAUAAAGUUAGCAGAUUUUGGGUGGUCCGUUCAUGCGCCUUCUUCAAAACGAAAUACUCUUUGUGGAACGUUGGAUUAUUUACCACCAGAAAUGGUGACUGGAGAUUCGUACGACGUAUAUGUUGAUCAUUGGUGUUUGGGCAUUCUGUGCUAUGAAUUUCUUGUUGGAUGCCCCCCAUUUCUUAGUGAUUCACAGCAAGAAACGUAUUCAAAGAUAAAGCAGGUCAACAUUGAGUGGCCCAUAUAUAUCAAAGCAGGCGCAAAAGAUCUUAUUUCUAAGCUUAUAAGACGUAGGAGUUCGGACAGGAUUUCUUUGUCUGGUGUGAAGAAACAUUUUUGGAUUGUCGAGAAUAAAGACAAAAAAUAAAUAUAUUUUUGACAUUGGUAUUCAUUUCCAUUGUGCAUUAUGACAGUGCAUAUGCAUAUUAUGACAGCACGAUUGAUUGCUUUCGUAUUAUAAAUAUACCUAGUGUUCGUUCUUUAUCAUGUCUUGUUCACUUGACUGUUUUUUAUCUUCUAAAAGAUCAAUCUUGCGAUUAAUUUUUAUUUAACAUGUAUUAUAUACAUAUCAAUAAAAUCUUUUACCAUUUUUAUAUUAA